AAGCUACUGGAGAACAUGCAACAUAUGCAGCAAGAGCUGAUCUCAAAUGGGUUGAGUUUCCCACUGUUGUGUAAAUCUAACGGUAAUAUUCCUGAAGGGAUGAAUUCACUGCACUGUGAGCUGGAACUUGCUCAGUCUUCUGAGAUUCUCAAGGCUGAAUGGACGUCCCUGGAUGAAACGCUGGAUCGUGAAGUGCUGCUUUUGCUUCAAGGACCUGAAUAUGCAGGAGAAAAAUUUAAGACUGUCAUGCACAACCUGCAAAAGGAAGCCUCUGGAGCAGAGGAGCUUGUCAUGACUGCUUUACAAUGGGUAAAAGACCCUGAUGUGAACAUGCAACAGGCUUGGGAAAGUAAACUUCUGGCUCUCAAGCAAGAACUAGGAGAAAAAAGACACCUUUGGAUCCAGAAACUUCAUCUCUUGGAAAAAUACAAAGAAUCCCUAGAUAAGGAUUUUAUUCAAAUGGCAGGCGAUUUGAGGAGAACCAAGACAGAGCAACUUCACCUAAGGAAAGAACUCUCUGCCAGGCAACGUGAGAUAGUAGCUGUCAAACAGUUACAAGAAGAAACUGCUGGCCAGGCAGAAGCCCUUGGUUUAGAGCUGCAAAAAGCUACAAAGCAACUUGAGGAUGCCAGUAAACAGGUGGAGGAUCAAAUUGAAGCAUUUCACACUGCUUGUGAGGAAGCUGCAUCCUCAAAAUGCAAGUUAGAGGAAGCCAUUUCUGAGCUGCAAAAACUCAAGGUUGUGAAUGCAGCUUUAAUGAGCACCUGCCAGUUGCUUCAAGAAAAGGUGGAGGACCAGAAAACAACUGCUAAUGCACUGAGAUGGGAACUGCUUCAAAGGCGAUUCUGUGAAUUGCUGUGUCAGUGCUGUGCAGAGUUAGAAUCUGAGUGUGGUCUGCUGCCCACAUCAGCUGAGCUGGUAAAAGGGAAGCAGCUCUACUGCUCUAAACAACUGUGGUGGAGUGAAGGGCCCACCUUGUGCACUGAACUUCCCAGGACACUGCCCUCGGAUAUUUCAUACCAGCACAGCACGCCUCUGCUAGAUGCUCUGACCUUGGAAACCUCACGCCCAAGGAACUUUCCUGUGCACGGCUGGGAUCAGCCUUGUAGGCAGAGCUCUGGCAGCCACGCGUCUGAAAGCUGUAGUCUGGGACACACGUCCAACUCCGAUGUGACAUCAGUGGGGAGCAAGUGGAAAAUAUACUCUGCUGGUAACUAUACUGAUGCAGACCUUCCUGUUUCCAUUACAAUGAUGGACGCUUCACUUACUGAGAUUAACGGUGCAGAGCCAACACUACCAGCCAGUCUGAUCCCAUCCAGUGAUCACUUAACUUCACCCCAAGAAGCUCUUACAUCGUCUUUGGAAAGCACUGUACCAGUAACAGGCUGCCUUGUUAUGGAGGAAAAAUCACCCAAGUGCUCACGUGAAAAAGAGGAUGUGCCAACUUCCGUAGCAAUGGAGAAAAACAACGAUAAGGAUCCGGCUGGUCCUGUGUCAGGAGUGGAUAUGACCAAGAAGCAAUUCUGCCCCGUGAAGGAAGAACAUAAAACAGCGUUUCAAAACGUUUUAAAGCAAGACCAGGAAGCGGACCUGGAAAAGAAAAAUAAUAAAGAGCAGAGUGAGGAAGCACCGGCCGUGGUUCCCAGUAGGAAAGGCAGUUCACCCACCACAGGUGGCAUUAAAGGGGAUAAAACAAAGCAAAAUGAGCCUGACUCUCCUAAUGAGAAAGAAGUGGAGGCUGAAUUUCUGAGGCUGUCAUUAGGUUUUAAAUGCGACUUGUUUACCUUGGACAAGAGAGUGAGGCUUGAAGAAAGGUCCCGAGACUUGGCUGAAGAAAACUUGAAAAAGGAGAUCACAAAUGCUCUAAAAAUGUUAGAGGCUUUAGUUCCUUUGUGUGAAGAAGAUAACCAAGCACAGGAGAUCAUUAAGAAGUUGCAGAAAAGCUUGCAGUUCCUUAGCCAGUACGCAGCCCGAGUCGCCAGUAGAGCAGAGAUGUUGGGAGCUAUUAAUCAGGAGAGCCGGGUCAGUAAGGCGGUGGAAGUAAUGAUUCAACAUGUGGAAAACCUGAAGCGCAUGUAUGCAAAGGAGCAUGCAGAACUUGAGGAGCUGAAACAGGUCCUGCUCCAGAAUGAGAGAUCCUUUAGUUCUCUUGGAGAUCGAGAUGAAUCUACGAAUAAAAAACUGCCAAAUUCUUUUAAGCCACCAGCAUCCCUACGAAGAGUCAGCAUUGCAACACUGCCUAGGAGUGCUGGAAAUGCAGGUAUUGGGUUGCCACUGGCCCAGCUCCAUGAACCUGAUGGAGAAGAAUGGAGUGAUAAAUUCAACAGGAGAUCAAGCAGCUGGGGGCGACUAGGAGCAAAGCAAAAUGAGAAGCGUCCUUCACUACAGCGGUUCAUUAGCACCUAUUCCUGGGCAGAGUAUGAAGAUGAACAUUCUGAAACAAAAAAUGAGCAGUCAGAAUCACCUGCUGAAGUACAAGAACAACCAUCCAGGAAGGAAAGUAUCUCUGAAAAAGGAAAAUAUCCAUCAAAAUGGAACCUAGAGUCAGUGUGCAAUUUAAUGUCAUCAUGGGCAUCCCACUUCAAGGCUUCUUUUUCCAAUGCUAACAAAACUCUCUGGGUUUCUGUUUCCAUCCUGGUCCUGCUUGCUGCUCUUACAAGCUUCCUCACUGGGCUGUCUCUUCAAAGACCAGCAGACGCAGCACCUGUAGGAACUGGGGACUCCUGGACUUCACUACAGCAACUGUUGUGGCCAUAUACAGGACUUCAACACAAUGGACCACCCCCAGUAUAACAAAGGUUCUGACUCUUGAAGUUAUACUUACAAGUUCUGGACGACAGUAUGAGAAGCUAAGAUAGUAUAUUUAAGAUUACAUGUUCAGGUUUGUUUUGUUGGGUUGUGGGUGCUUUUUGGGGAGAUUGGGUUUUUUUGUUUGUUCGCUUUUUUUGAAAGCAUGACUUGAAAUUGAAAUUAUUUUUUCUUCCCCAUUCUGACAAGUAAUCUUUAAAAGUACCUAAAAGGGUCUCAGUUCCAUUCAGGUUUACAACAAAACAGUGAUUUUGAAUGUAGCUAACAAUAAACACGACUAAGUGGUCUAGCCACAAAAGAAUAAAGAACUUAGUUUGCUUUAACAAAAACAAAUUGUUUGCAUUUUAGUCACUGAAACUGCUUCAGUGAUUUGAAUAGAAAAGGAUUCAAGACUUUAAAUGUAACUUUAUUGAAAGCUUUUGAUAAUAAAGUCUUAAAGGAAAGCAUACAGUA